AUGGGUUACUUCAGGCAAUGUCGGCACUCAAAGGCUCUAUCUGGAAUAUGUCUAUCACUCAUUGCUGUUACUGUGAUAGUGACAUUAUUGACAGAUUAUUAUUGGAAUAGAACAAUAUUUAAACAGAAACCCUUAUUUGCUACAGCAACCGUUGCCAAGAAACAGCAGUGUGAACAAAAGUCUAAUAUUGUCUUUGUCAAAACACAUAAAACUGCCAGCACGUCACUCCAUUGCAUCUUCUGUCGCUAUGGAUACACUAAUGGUCUUUCCUUCGUCUUCUCUAAAUUCAACACGCAAAAUGGGCAUUUACGUCACACUCCUCUGCGGCAGGAUCGACUUUUGCCACCCAAUGGUGGCGCUGUCGUUGGAUCACCAAGCAAAUACAAUAUUCUCACUGGCCACGUUACAUAUUCGAAAGCUCGGAUCGAUCAACUCAUGGAAGAUGGCGCAAAAUACGUUACUAUACUGAGAGAGCCAGCCAGACAGAUUGAAUCACAUGCUAAUUUUUUUGGGUACGCAGGUCAUACUGCGGAAGGGAUAGCUAGCUUUUCGAGAGACCCGAGCCAUUUUGAAAAUGGCGGAAAAGCAGGAAGUCGAAACAAUCAAAUACGAGAACUCGGUUUAUCACUAAGUGACACGGCAAACGAAACUAUCGUUAACAAAACUAUACAUAAACUUAACAACGAAUUUGAUUUGGUUCUCAUCACUGAAUACUUCGAGGAAUCUCUAAUUUUACUAAAAAAACUUUUAUGUUGGGAAUUCGAAGACAUUAUUUAUUUAGCGAAAAACCGAAGGUUAGAACGAGACGAGAUCACGGACGAGAUUCGACAGCAAAUUUAUGAUUGGUCAAGGGCAGACUUUUUAUUAUAUCGCUAUUUCAACAAUACACUCUGGAAGAAAAUUAGAGAGUAUGGAUCUGGAUUUAAGGAUGAAUUGCAGAAGUUUCGAAGCUACCUGAAGGGCACACAUGACACAUGCACUAUGACUCAAAACGUGCAGAUUAACACUAUGAAUAAAAUAAAACAUUUGGAAUAUUCAACUAAAAAUCAAUCGAUGUCUUGUCGGCAUUUGGCGAAGUCGGCUGUUGAAUGGUUCCAGCUCAUUGCUAUGCGACAGUACCCGAGACUAUCCAGGGAGUUCUCUUUGAUUAAUCGCAGCAAAGAUUCAUAA